CUAGCGAGGUUACCAUAGUUACGAUGAACGCGGCAGCUAGGCCUACCUAGUUGUUACCCCGCUGGCGGGAGGGAAGAGGCCGGCACCGUGAGCCACGUAGUGACCAUGGAGGAGCCCCAGGCCACGCCGCAGGCGUCUCAAACCCGGUGCGGGGUGAGGUCGGGGGCCUGGGGCAACGCCUCCUCCAGUCGAACGUAUGAUUGCCUGUACGAUCCGUUGUUUAUUGUGUCAAGUGAGAAAGACCAGGCACAGGCAAAUAUCCAAGCCAUCUUGCGUCGCAGCAGACUGAGAAAAGUUCCCAGAUUUAAAGCCAUGUUUAGUAACCUGAUCCAUUAUCCAAGAUAUUCUCUGUAUUGGAGCAAGGCAGAUCCCGUCCCACGAUUCAUCAGUCGGGAAUGGACGGGACAGGAGGAGAAACACAGAGAAGCCCUCUGGCAACUUGCUGCGUAUUCUAAGGGAUUGCAUCAAGUUUUAAUUUUUAAAAUAAUUUUCUCUUUUAGGAUGGAGCCAUAUGUUUUUCCUCCUGCUUCUACUAAGUACUCACCCAUCCUUUCAAAGUACACUGUGGGCACUCAGACUGAUUAUCGCGAUGCUGAAGUUCAAACAGAUCCAUACUCUCCAGAAUACGUAGUAUGUCAGGAUUCCAUCCCUGAGCUCCUGACCCUGGCUACUCUGACCUGGGGUCGAGGUCUCCCAGCAGGACAAGCUGAGGUAGAGAUGAUAGAACGUGCCCGGGAGAAGCGAGCUUGGGAAGCCACUCUGCCCUCUCUGAGUGACACCGCCCAUGCUGAGAAGAGGAGGAGGAUGAUAAAUGCGAUGGAGAGGAAGGAGUGGGCCUUCAGAGAGCAGGAGAUUGAAAAACUGCAGGCGAUUCGCCUGGAAGUGCUAACAGAGCUACUGAAGAAACGUGAUGAGAAUCAAAAUGAAGUGAACAUGAAGCACUUGAAUGCCCGAUGGUCUAAACUGCAAGAAGCAAAGGAGGCAAAAUUGGCACAAAUUCGACGUGCACAUGUAUCAGCAAUCAGAAAACUUGUGGGAAAGAGAAAGAAUGUAGAAGGGAAGUUGGAGAGAAGAAAUAUCAUCAAGGAUUAUUCUGAUUAUGCAUCACAGGUCUAUGGACCUCUAUCUUGCCUUGGUCGUUUCCCAGACAACAACUCAGAGGACUUUGUAGUAAAAAACCACUAUCUCAACACCUAUGAAGGGUUAGUUGAACUUGAGUCAUGUCUCCCAGAUUUUGUGACACAACCCCGAAUCCGACCUCCAAAACCUAAAGUCAUUACCACCAAAGCUGGUUUUCUAAAGAGGGCAGCAAGGAUGGACCGUGAGUUGGAGGAAGUUCAUAAGGCACUAUUGGAUAAGAAGAAUAAGGUUCUUGAACCAAAGAAACCUCUACUCUUUCUCCAAAGAAAGUUAGUGCCUCCACCUCGGCUUCCAACUCCAACCUUGGAAAUGACUUCCAGUGAAGAAGAAGAUAAAGAAAUGGCUGUUAUCUACCUUCAAAAGUUACUCCGGGGCAGAGUCGUUCAGAACAUGAUGUUUGAAGGGAAAGAAAAGCGACUGGAGCUGAUCCAGGAGCUGCGUACCACGCAUGCACUCCAAGAAGAUGACAGGCUGGUGAAGAAAGCGGAGAAGCAACUGACUUUGGCCUUACAGCGGCAGAGGAAUUUGCACGAACACAAGGUGUCAGUAGUUGAAAACCAUUUGGCUGGACUAGAAGGAAGGGUGCUGGCAGACAUGUUUGACUUCCUGUCCAAAGAGCUGGUGAGACUCCAGGAAGAGAGGAGAAUCCACGCCUUUGCCAUGCUGGCUGAACGACAGCGGAGGAAGCGAGAAGCCGAAGAGAGUGGUCGGCGCCAGGUGGAGCAAAGGCGCCUGCGGGAGGAGGACCAGAUAUUUAAGGAGGUGGUUAAAGUUCACCAAAGUACUGUAACUUCCUAUCUGGAAGACAUAAUACUGAAAACUGAAGAAAAUACUGCAGAAGAACAAGCCAGGGCUGAAAUUGAGAAGAUGGCUGAGGAAAUCAACAAUGUUGCUUAUGAAAUGGAGAGCCGCCGAACUCAGCUUCAGUCAGAAGAAAUUGUUGCCGAGUUGGUUUAUAGUUUCCUGAUCCCAGAGGUGCAAAGGGACUUUGUCAAAGAAAAAGUGAGGAACGCACAGCGGAAGCAUAUUCUCGCAGCCCAUCGGCUCAUCCACAUGCACUCAGAAUCCAUGCUCCUAAGGAAUUUUGCUGAAAAAGAGCAAGGUGAGGUCUCAAACACUGACAAGUUACUAAAGGAAGAAACUCAAGAUGAGAAAGACAGCUUAAGAUUAUGAUCUUUUUUUAAAAGAAGCUGUACAAAUCCUCAUAAAGAGUUCCAGUAGUCUGUGCUUCUCCCACUAAGUGCACCUCUGAUGGGCUUGUCAGUGUGUGAUUCAUGAGGAAAGAGAUUCUGUUUCUUAAACUCCCGAUAAUUUUAAAUGAUUUUCAGUAAUAAUAAUAAUCUAACAAGCUUUAUUCUCUUUGAUGUUUCUUAGACGCUCUACCUCAAGAGAAAGUUUUGUCAUGUCUCAUUUCAACAUUUUGUUAACUAUGAGGAUAUGCUGGCCUGUGGAAUCAAACAAAAAGCAAUGUUACAGAAUAUUUUUUGAGUAGUUCUGGUUUGCCAUUCAUAGUGCAUUAAGCAUUAUCUACUAAGGCUGAAAACAUGCAUAUCUCAUGACCCAGCAUUUCGUCUCCUAGGUAUAUACCCAAUAGAAAUGCAUGAGUAUGUGUACCAAAAGGCAUGACAAGAAUGUGCAUAGCAGUAUUUUUCAUGAUAGCCCCUGAACUGGAAAUCAAAAUAUCCAUCUACAUUGGGAUAGAAAAAUAAAUGUUAGCGUAUCAAUACAGUGGCACAUCAACUCAUCAUUGAGCUUUACAUUGAAGAAGAGAGUGAUGCUGGAGAGCACUCUGUGCAUCCUGUGUGUUGACAAGAAUCAGUGCUGAAUGGCUCCUUCCUCAUUUAAAGAUCAGUAAUAGGAAAAACAAUAAAUAAAAGCAUGAACAGCAAAUGAACAUGGGACCAAUGUAAGGAAUUUACAAAAGAAAAUGUAUGUUACUCUGAAAAUAUAUAUUACUCUUAGAAAAUAUCUCACUAUAGGAAAUAAGAAAAGCUUCAGAAAUUAUCUGCUUGGUGUUUUUAAUAGAAGGCAGAAAAGAAAUGGCCUCUAAGAAACUGAAGCAGGGAAUAAUAAGAACAGACAGAGGCCAAAAAACAGACAGAUGCUGGCUGAAAAGAAAAGAAAGCUAAGCUGGCUAACAAGAAAAAUAUAUAUAUAAAAAGAUUAAAAAUACAGUGACAUUCAUUUGGGUACAGUUAGAAGAACAGAAAUCUCACAGCAGAGAAUAAAAUUGGUAUGCUGCUGACAAUGUGUUAAGCCACCUAGUAUAGGAUGGGAAGGAAAGGGCAAAGAGAUGACAGUGACAAACAGGUUAGCUCGGGAGGACCAAUCUUACAAGCAAUAGGAGUGCUUUCUUUUGUAAGCUUCUUGUUUUAAAAAUAUUUGUUAAAAUAUAGCUAACGUACAGUAUUGUAUUAGUU